CCCAACUCCUUCCCUCCACUAGAAUUAUCUAUCAUCAUCCCCUUAUAAUCCUCCACGAUAUUCCUUCCUAUAAAUUUUGAAACUCCCCCAUUGAACAUCAUGCAAUAAUGGCAACAGUCAUGGUACCCGAGACCGCAGGCCCCUCGGCCACCCUACGCGCGGAGCUGAAAGAAUGGGAGCGAGCGUUCGCGGACGCCAAUGGAGGCCGCAAAGCCGGACGAAGUGAUAUCAAGAAAGACCCUGAAAUAGCCGCCAAAUACAAAGAAUACAGCCGUCUCAAAUCCCUCGAAACAAAACCCGCAAAGACAAACGACGACACCCCCCACAAGAAACGCAAACACACCUCUCCGCACGGGCCCGACCCCGCCACCGCGAUUACGCCACGCAAGAAGACGGGUAAAGGCGCAGGCGGGGGAGGAGCCUUCGAAACGCCGUCCAAGAACAACUCAGCUACCAGACCUGCAGCCCAGCAUCCGGCGGAGGUGGAUCCAUACGACUCGCCGUCUGUUCUCCGGCGACUGUUCAGCCCGAGCACGCACCUCUCGCCUUUGAAGGCGGCGAUUGGGCCGACGCCGCAGCGCGAUGGAAAGGCGCUGGGGCUUUUCGAUCUGUUGUCCGAGUCUGGCGGGAGUACGGCGACGCCGUCGGCGAGUCGGAUUGCGGGGUUGAAGGAUGCGAGUGUGCGGACGCCUUCGAGGCGGAGGGGUCGGAGAGCAAGCAAUAAUACUAACGGCAAUGCUCUUGGGACAAUUGCGGAGGAGGGUGAAGAGGAGAAUGAUAUAGCGGGAGGAGAGGAGGAGGAAAGUCCCCGGUUGGAGCGCACCCCUGCGUCUUCCGGCAAGAAGUGGAUGCUGUCUACCUUGUUUGCGACGCCGACGACGUGGCGGUAUGCGGCUAUGAUGGAGGAUGGGUCGAAUAAGAAGGGUGCGGCGGCGGUAGAAGGGGCUCCUGGGGGGAAUGCGGCGACGGCAGAACCGAACGAGUCGGAAACGCCCUCUUUCCUGCGACGGUCGACAUCGGGUCGGUUCGAUGGGUCGACUAUCACUGGCGGACUGAGUCCGAUGGCUGCGCGCACACGGCCGCAGUUCGUCGGGAAGGGUCUCUCGGCCUUGGUGCAGGGGCUGCGCGAUAUGGAGGAGGAGCAGAUGCAGGAUGAUCUGGACGUUUUGAGGGAGAUCGAGGCCGAGCAGGCGGCGAUGAAUGCCCAGGUGGCCGAUAGCCAGGCCGCGGAAGGCGGCGGCGGGCCUGUCUGGAAGAAGAAGGGCCAGAAGCGGACGACCCGCAGGGUGCGCAUGAAGCCAGUGGUUGCGCCGGCGAAGCAGCCCGCGCCUGAAUUACUGCCGGGUUCUGAUGAUGGAGACGAGCAGGAGGAUCAGGGACCCGGGAUUGUCACCAGCGUUCCCGAAACGCAGCAACUCCUAGCCCCCGGGCCAGUUCCUCUCGAGCAAAGCCACACCGCGGACUCGGACCUCGACUCGCUGCACACCAUGUCGGAACCGGACUUCGAUUCCGACCCAGACUACGACGAAGGACCACAACUCCGGAAAAGCUUCUCCGAGAAGAUGAAGGAGGCCAUCGCGGCCGGCAAGCCGCCAGCGACGACGGAGCAGUCAGCACCGUCGCCGCCGGUACAAGCGCAGGAACCCGAGCCCAAGAAACCUCGCGCGCGCAAGGUCAAUCCCGAAGCGCACGCCAAUUACCGGUCGUUGAAGAUCCGGAACAAGAAUUCCAAGGGACGAGGCGCGGGACGCUUCGGCAGGCGACGUUAG